AUGAGAGAAAAUAUGAAAAAUUUGUCCAGAGAUGUUUUCAACUUAAAAAUCAAAAGUAAUAAUGUGAUUGAAAGUUGUGAACUUUGUGGAAGAAAAGGACAUAUCGGUAAAAAUUGUUAUUCAAGAGACCGAAAAACUAAUGAGAAUGUGACUGCAAAACCAAGUGAAAAAAAUGACAUAGUGUGUCAUAGAUGUGGUUUUGUAGGACAUAUUAAAAGAAAUUGCAUGGUGAAAGAAGCCAAUUUCAAAAGUGGAUUUCCGCAACGAACAUCGGUAGUGAUAAAUCCAGUGGUUCGAAAUAUACAAAAUCCUAGUAUUACAAAUAUGGAUAAAACAGAAAUAUACAAUACAGACCAUGAUAGAAUGUGUUUCAAAUGUGAAGAAAUGGGACACAUUGCCAUACAUUGUAUCCAAAGUGUGAGUGGGUCACAGUGA